UUUUCCACUGGCCUUCCAGGGUUGGCUGUUGAAAAGCUUCCCCACAGCAUGAUGCUGCCACCACCAUGCUUCACAGUGGAGAUGGUGUGUUUGUGCAUGUCAGGAGAUUGGCCCAUCAUGAGGCUUUCAUCACAUCCUCCACCACUCUCUCCCAACACUUCCCAGUUCCCAGCUCUCUCAGACUGGGAGGCUCCCAGCUUCACCCGGGCUGCUCAGUUCCGUGUUGGUGCCACCUUCAUCCUUUUCCUGUUUGCAGCCUGCAGCAACCUCGCCUUAUUGGUCAGUCUGUGGUGUGGGCGUGGCCGUCGUCUGGCAUCUCACCUGCGUCCGCUGAUGCUGAGCUUGGCGUCAGCCGACCUGAUGAUGACGUUCGUGGUGAUGCCUCUGGACGCCGUCUGGAACGUGACAGUGCAGUGGUACGGAGGAGAUGUGCUCUGUAAGCUGCUCUGCUUCCUGAAGCUGUUUGCCAUGCACGCUGCCGCCUUCAUCCUCGUGGUCAUCAGCCUCGACCGGCAGCACGCCAUCCUGCACCCGCUCGAUGCUCUGAGUGCGCACCACAGGAACCGCCGGAUGCUGCUGAUGGCCUGGAGCCUCAGCGUUCUACUCGCAUCACCACAGGACCCGGUUCAGGCAGUCCAGAGUUUCCGGCGUGCUGCAGAGAGUUACCAUGUUGCGGCCGUGUUGGAUUUUGCAGCUGUUGCCCUCAAAGAAGCAGGAGUCACAUGGUGUUUCCCUGAGGCUGUUCUGACUUUCCGUCAGGCUCUCAGGCCCUCAGCUCAGCAGCCCCCUCUGCUGGCCAAAGUGAUGCACAACCUUGGAGCGGCUCUAAACGCUGAGGGCCAGUACACAGCAGCCGUGACGUACCACCGCCUCGCUGCUGGGCUGUACGGCUCUCUGGGUUGCCGUGGUGACCAGGCACGGUGUUUCAGUAACUUGGCGUUGGCGUGCAGUCAGCUGGGCGAUGAAGAGGAGGCAGCAGAGAGCUUCAUGCAUGCUCUGCAAGGGUUUAAAGACACCGACGACCACCUGGCCCAGGUUCAGGUGUGUGAGGCGUUAGCAGAGUGUUACCUGAGGCAGAGGAAGAAGAGGAAGGCUGUUCAGCUCUACAAGGAGGCUCUGAGCGCACUCACUCACUACCAGGAUCCCUCUAGUCACAUUCGAGAUCGUCUGGUAGAACACCUGACCGCCGCUCUGCAGCAGGAUCUAUACACCCAGAGGCCACGCCCACUCAGACCACACCCUCACAACCCACCUUUGGGACAUCAUGCCAGGAAGAGUGAUGUCACACAGAGUCCAGGCCGAGUGUCCAAUCAGGAACCAGAUCAUGAAGGGAGGGAAGGGCCAGAGCAGGUCACCAUGAGGGGAGGAGCCAAUGUAGCAUCUGGCCUCACCAGCCCAGUACCUCACAGUUCAGAGGGGAACGACCAGUGGCAGAACUGUCUCAGCAGAACUCAGGAGAACGGCUCAGGUGAGCUGUGGUCAGACAGGGAGAACCCGCCCACUGAAAGUGAAGCCUCAUUGGUCCAGGAGCCACAGGCUCCCAGCCCAGGUGUGAUCAAAAAGGCCACGCCUCCUGUAGGCAGGUGGGGAUCUGUGUUCUGUUCAGUGAUGUAGAACCAUUGAUCGUGAUUCCUGAUGAUCAUUCGGAUCAUUAAUUAUGGUUUCCAUGGAAACACUGAGCAUGGGGAGGAGCUUGUCUCAUCAAGCCUUCAAUAAAAAUCGCAGGGUUGUGAAGUUGUCUAGAGGCGUGGCCUUCCAG